AAAUAUUCAUACCCAUUAUUAUAUUAUUAAUUAUAAUAUUGAUGUUUAUCAAUAAUGAUAUUGAUUAUAAUAUUGAUGACACUAUUGUUAAUAUUGAUAGUAAUAUUCAUAAUACUAUUAAUGGGGAUGGUGCUCCGUACCCCGGGCAGUGCAGGGUGAGCGGUCAUGUCCUCUCCUCCUUCCCCCGGAGCCGUGUACAGAGCCGGGCAGGUCCGGUCCGGAGGGGCAGCAGUGUGGCGGGCAGGCGGCCGGUGUCAUGUCGUGUGUGUGCCGGUAGUGGUGCUGCUGCGGGAGGCUGAUGAGGCAGUGGUGUUUGGAGCCCAUCCUUCCCCGCCGCCGCCGCUGCCGCCUGUAGUCAGGGAUUCCCUCUCCGCUCCGGCCCCCCUGCUCCUCUCCUGACCUCCCCCGUCCCUCCUCCCGUAUACAGUCAUCCUGCUCUUACACUUAUCACGGGGGGUCCUGGCUGGAGGAGGAGAUCCGGAGAGAGGCACAGCGCCCCCGGUCCUGAUCGCAGCCGGCCGGGGAGGUCCUGGGAUCUGACAGCCAAACAGAAAAGGGGGGAGAAAGGAGGAGAGGAAAAAAAAAGCGCUUGGGAAAGGAAUCCUUCUGUUGUUGGCGGUUGUAGACAUCUCGCUGUGGGGCACAUCACCUAAUGAACAGAUAAAAUGCAUAAAAUUUAAGAUCAGCUGAUGUUCACAAGGGACAGAGUCACGUGAUGUAUGAAGGCAAACACAUACACUUCUCUGAGGUUGAUAAUAAGCCCCUAUGCUCCUACAGUCCCAAACUCUGCAAGCAGAGAAGACUUAACGGCUACGCCUUCUGUAUCAGACAUGUUUUAGAGGACAAGACUGCUCCCUUCAAGCAAUGUGAAUAUGUGGCCAAGUACAACAGCCAGCGCUGCACUAAUCCCAUCCCGAAAUCAGAGGACCGGAGGUACUGCAAUAGUCAUCUGCAGGUACUGGGCUUUAUUCCCAAAAAGGAAAGGAAGAAAAAGAAUGAUGCACUGGAAGAAGUAAAGGCAAGACACCCAAUGGAAACCGUGGCCUUCAGCUUAACAGUGCCCACCUUGGCCUUGAAGAUGCCCAAUGGACUAGAUGGUAUGACGCUUUCCCCUCCUGGGGCCAGGCUUCCUCUUCACUACCUGGAAACAGACUUAGAUGACUCCUUUACACUUGAAGAGGAAGAAGAGGAGAUAAAGAAAGGAGCAUCCAUAAAGAAGAAACUACAGAGCAAGUUGGCCCAGAAUCGGCAGCGACAAAAAGAGACAGAGAUUAUAAAAGUUCAUCAAGAGCACUUUAGCCCUCAACCUGCACCUUCUCAGCUCCAACCUCUGUCUCUUCAAGAGCAGCAGAUGCUGGUGCAACCAGCACCAACAUCACUGAAGUCUACUGGGCUAACACAGAGCCUGGCGUGUACAUCGCCUCAACCUCAGAAUACCAGCUUACCAGUACAGGGAGCGUCACCUAUAGCGCACACGUUAGCACAAAUAAAGACUAAUAAGAGACCACUUCCCGCCCCUCCAACCUCCACAGAUCCGCCAAGAUCAGACAGGAUUCAGGUGACUGCCUCAGCCUUACCAACCUACUCAUCAUGUGUUAGCCGGCUGCAAAGACUAAUGAAACUGUGCACACAAAAGCACCAACUAAAUGCAGAUUUAUUCCCACAUUUGGGGCUUGACUGGUCAGAAGACAGUGGAGAGGAGCAAGAUGAUUCUGAUCCUUACCAAGUUGCAUGGUCAUUCCGUGAGGGUCUCCAACAUGACUGCAAAAAGUACGAUGCUGAGGUAGCACACAGCAGGAGCUCCAGGGUUGCACAACUUUGCACUUAUUUUCAGCAAAAAUACAAGCACCUCUGCCGCCUGGAGCGAGCAGAAUCCUGUCAGCGGAAAUACCGCCACACAUUCCGGAAAGCAUUGCAGAAAGCGGCCCUUAGAGAACCUGAGUCAGCUGGGCAGCUAAUGCAGGAAUUAGGCAAAGCCACAUGCAUAAAUUCCAGAACUAUUCAACCAGAGCUCAGAGGAACAGAAGCAGUACUUUGCAGUGCAACUGUGAGAAGUGUGUCUUGCACAAACAGAGCCCUCCCAUACACAAGACACUGUUUUCAGCAUAUCUUGUCAAACACCUCUCAACAGCUUUUUACCAGCUGCACAGCAAAAUUUGCAGAUGGGCAACAGUGCUCUGUACCCGUUUUUGACGUUACUCAUCAAACACCUCUAUGUGAAGAACAUGCCAAGAAAAUGGAUAAUUUCUUGCGCGGGGACAAUUCACGCAAAGUUCAGCACCAGCAGCAGAGGAAGCCCAGGAAAAAGACUAAGCCUCCUGCACUUACCAAAAAACAUAAGAAAAAAAGAAGGGGACCUAGAAGGCCUCAAAAACCCAUUCCACCUGCAGUGCCCCAAGGCAACCUCUGCAUGCCCAGUAGCCUAUCACUGCCAGUGGAGGUCACUAACAUAAGGAGUCCAUCCACACCAGAUCUGAGCACAGAAGAGCUACCUGAUGACAUCACUAGUGAGAUUACAGACAUUCCCCAUGACUUGGAGCUGAAUCACGAAGACUUUUCUGAUGUUCUCCCACGAUUGCCGGAUGAUCUGCAAGUCUUUGAUUUUUUUGAAGGUAAGAAUGGAGACCUUCUCCCUACCACCGAAGAGGCAGAGGAAUUGGAGAGAGCCCUUCAAGCUGUUACAUCUCUGGAAUGUCUAAGCUCCAUUGCAGUGCUGGCCCAAGCUGAUAGUGUUAGUAGUCAUGACCUCUCAGACCGUGGCCUAACCUCAUUCUCAUCAGGUGCUGGAAGUUCAGAGAUCCAGCAGCUGACAAGAGAAGAUCACACAGAUAUUGGGGAGCUACUUAACGGGCGAAUGGUCCAUGAGAACUUUACCAGUCUGGAAUUGGAUGAAAACCUCCUUGGUCGUGCUACUUUAUCUAGCUCAUCUGCUCCUCUGAGUAGGCAUGUUCAGAGGCAGUUUUCAUCCACUGCCAAUGUUGGCCUUACUUCUACCACUCUAAUAAGCCACAACUCUCUUGAAGAGAGGCCUUUCACGGGUUCAUACCAUGGACUACAAGAAAGCCGCCAUGCUUCCCAGAGGCCUCUCCCAGGAGAUAUUUUAAGCAAAGGAGAAGACCUAAUCGCCUCACAACAGCAAUAUAGCAGUGACCAUUCACAUUCAUCCCCCCAUGGAAGCCAUUAUGAUAGUGAGCAUGUGCCAUCACCAUAUAGCGACCAAACAACAUCCCCACAUGCCACCUCCUUCUCUGGGGAUGGAUUAACAUUAACUUUUUCUUCAGAGGUGCCCAUUAUUGCUCAGCACUUGCUCACCACCCAGCUGGAUGUACCUCUAAGUGGGGUGGUAAAUUCCCGAACUCACUGGGGAAACCUUCCUGUGAACCUUAGUGAUCCAUCAACAUUUGGCACAUUUAUCAGUUCUGAUGGGCAUCUACUCUCGACAUCUUUAUCCACCCCUCAAGCUGUCUCUCAUUCAGAGGUUACACAGCCUACUUUUUCCACUGUGACCCCUAAUAGCUGCAACAUUCUUCCGGGGUUACCGCAGACAAGUUUCAGCGGGCUUAGCCCCCCUUCUACGGAACUCAUGGAUUCCACUUCAUCCAAACAGCAGCUCCCUCAGUUCAUUGCAGCAUUUGGUCAUCAGCUAUCUGCUCACAGUGGCAUCCCCAAAGACCUACAACCCAGCCAUAGCUCGAUUGCGCCUCCUGCAGGAUUCACUGUAACAGGUGCCACAGCUAUUAGUACCAACAACUCCACCUCCUCUUUCAUGAAUCCCAAUUGAUCUCUUUCCUUGUUGCAUAAACAUACAGGCUGGAUGGGAAGCGACUGCUGCUUUCUGCUCCUUGCUCUUACCACAUUCUCCCUGGGAUGUUCCCUUCAUUGUGAAGGAAGAUUCUGCUCACCACAAUGUCCUCUUUGUGCUGUAAUAGCACUGGUGCUCCUAUUCUUGUUUGUCUGCUUUACUGUUUUUAUUCCCCUGAGAAGUGACAUUGGGUUCCUACAUUAACUUCUGAUACCAGGAUAAAUGCCUCAUUCUUUUACUACCUGAUAUUCAUAGUCCCUUUUUGAGUUAUGGGCAGAAGAGGGUGGGGGUUUUAGGCUGGGGGUCUAAGCCACUAAAGAGAAUCGGUGUGACACACUCUUAUUUAAUACAGUAUGAACCCAAUGUCCCUUUCUUGACAGAUUAAGCUGUUAUGAUCCUUUGUGUGUGUGUGUGUGUGUGUGUGUGGCUGUUUUUUGUAUGUUUUAUUUUUUAUUUUUUUAAGUCUAGAGAAGUCUUGCAGAUCUGAGAUCUGAGCUGCAUCAGCAUGAAACUCUGCUUCCGGUAGCUCCAUUCCAUGUUUCUGUUGGCCUUGCACUUGACAUGUGGACCAUGAUGUGGAUAAAAAAUAUAAUGUUUAAACAGGGCAGAAAAGCUAUAAAGGAUUGACAAGAACUGCGUAUUAUCCACUGGUCUGGUUCCAUUAACCUGGAAAGAUGUUCAUUCCACCACAGGGUAACACCUGGCACUUGUGCUGCGUUACGGUUCUUGCUGUUAGCCCCAAGUUAUUUGUAGUAAAUGAGAUGAAGAUACUACGGAUUCAGUUUAUGAAAGCUAACACAGUUUAACGUGGCUUUGAAUUCUUCUUUUUUGUAAGUGGAAUUCCUGCAUGGGGUAGUGGGGGGGGGGGAUGCAAAUGCUGAGUUGGUGUCAAUGGUUGAAUGAAUCGGUCGUCAAGAGGUAGGUAGAUGUGAGCGAGACUGUUCUGCCGUAGGUGUCAUUUUAAGUAAUAUUGAAUAACCUUAAAUUUAUUUCUUAUGCGUUCCUUUUCUUAAAACAUGUAAAUUCUGAAUCCGUCACAAUUGCUGCCUAAAAGUAAAACUGUCUGGUUUUGCCCAUUGCAGCCAAUCACAGCUCAGCUUUCAUAUGUUAAGAAGCUUUGGUAAAAUAAAAAUUGUGCUGUGAGGGGAUAAAAUCUGAGUUUCUGAGGGGAUAAAAUUAGAUGGUUUUAGUUUCAGGCAGAUUAAUAAAUCUGGACCAAUACUAUUAAUAUUUAUUUUUAUUAAAUUUUUUAUUUCUAUCAGUUUAUUUGGUUUCGAGUAACCCUUAAAGUGUCACUAGCAUUUAUUUGACUAAGAAAAAUUUUGACGUGUUUUUUUUUCUUUUUUAGAGUCUUGGUGCUGAGAUCCUCCCCGACCACUAGAUCAGCGAGGAUAAGGGCUCAGCUAAGUCCCCCCCCCCCCCAUUUCUCUUCACGCUGUACGAUACAGGCUCCAUAGACACUCUCUAAAGAAUCCAUCUCCUGCAGCAUGGUGACAGGGAGACUGCUUGUUCUAGCGAUCAGUAAGGGUCUCAGCACCCAGACCCUGACUGUUCAAAUCUUUUGAUCUUUUGCAAUGUCUCUAUGCCAUGUCUAAAUUUUUUUAAAUGGCUGUAACACUUUAACAUAAAGUGAAAAUACAAAACUCCUGUUGUUUUUCUACCCCAGAGAGAUGAAGCCCAUCUGUUGCCCAGUAAAGUAGAAGAAAUAGAAUCCAAUUACACAAGUUUAGAUUGUUUAGCUUGAUAAAGUCUGAAUUAUAAAAUGCUUGUAUACAUAGUAGAAUAAGUGACCUGAUAUGAAAUAUUGCACAAUAUCAUAUGCAAAAACAUGAUAAAGUUUUAAUACCCCAUGAAUAGAAGGUAUGUGAAGAGCACUGAGCAGUUAGAUUGCGUAAAAGACUAUAAAACAUAAGGAUUCCGUUUAGGACAGUUUUGUGUAGCUGCUAUGGUUGUCCAUGUGUAAUAUUCUUGUUUGCACUGUUACCAUUCCAGUUUUAAGUUAGAUAGUAGACAUUGCUAGGGUAUGUUCUCAUCUGGCAGAUCAGUGGCUGUUCCAUGCAUCUAAAUAGGGUUUGCAAAAAUUCAUGCACGUUUCAGAAAGUGCUCCGUUGCAAAGAAGGAAUUCUAUGCAGAUGUAUGGAACAGAUACGUAUAUAUCUGUGCAGUGUGCACGGUGGAUAUAAGAUGGAUUGCAGUGCAAAAUUGCAUAUAACUUUAGUUAUUAAAGGACAUGUCCGGUGCUCACUUUUCUUAUUGUGUCCGUUCCGGGAUACAAGAGAGCUUUCUCUUGCCUGCCUACGCUCCCCCGGUGCUCCGGUACAGGCGUUAGG